CCCGGCCCUCCCUCCGGUUUUUAUAGCGCCGCGGGCGGCGGUUGGCGGCAGGGACGGCACGGACGGUGGCGACAUGGCGGUUCCGCGGCUCGUGGUGCUGGCGCUGGCGCUGCUGAGGGCCGAGGUCGGCUCCGGGGCAGGGAGCGGGAUCUGGACUUCUGUAGAUGAUAUUGGCUCCAAGACACGGCUUACCUGUACCUUGAACCACAGCACCACUGAGAUCAUCGGCCACCGCUGGGUGAAGGGGGGCAAGGUGCUCAAGGAGGAUGCACUGCCUGACAUGAAGACGGAGUAUGAGGUGGACUUGGAUGAGCGCUCUGGGGAGUACUCAUGCAUCUUCCUCCCAGAGAUGGCAGGCAGGACCAGAAUCGAGGUGAAGGGGCUCCCCAACAUCAAGGCCGUGAAGAGGUCAGAGCAUGCCACGGAGCGGGAGACGGUCGUGCUGGGCUGCAAGUCGGACUCCUUCCCCCUGGUCAGCGAAUGGGUGUGGUACAAGAUGGAAAGCUCUGGGGACCAGGUCAUCAGCAACAGCUCCCACAGCAAGUACUUGGUGAUGUCCUCGGAGACCAAGACGGAGCUGCACAUCUUGAACCUGGACCUGGAGACAGACCCUGGCAAGUACGCGUGCAACGGCACCAACUCGGAAGGCACCGGCCAGGCCGUCAUCGUGCUGCGCGUGCGAAACCGCUUUGCCGCCCUUUGGCCCUUCCUGGGCAUCGUGGCCGAGGUGCUGGUGCUGGUCACUGUCAUCUUCAUCUACGAGAAGCGGCGGAAGCCGGACGAGGUCCUGGAUGAUGAGGACACAGGCUCCGCUCCUCUGAAGAGCAGCGGGCACGUGAAUGACAAAGGCAAGAACGUGCGCCAGAGGAACGCCAACUGAGGCCUCCAGCCUCCGUCUAGAGCAGCUCAGCGUCUGGUGUUUGCAGGUCCUCUCAAAGGAGACCCGCCCUACGAAAGCAGACCACACCGUGGGUCGAAUCACAAUGUUUCUUUCCUUUUUUAAACUAAACUAGGGUUUUCUACACAUAGAAUUCUGUUCCUUAGGGGUUUUGUUUUUCCUUUUUAAACAUUUUCUGAGUGCCUCGGGGGAGCUGUGAGCUUCCUGUGAGACUCGUGUUCUCAGCCCGUCCCCUCAGCCGCCCCGCCCGCCUGACCCCUCGCUGCCCCCCCACUACCUCCCGCCCGACCCUCCUGUCCCUUGGGCGUUCAGCCUCCUAGCCCCUAGUGGGGGUUUUGAAGGGCAGGUUGGCCUUUUUCUGGGGCUCUGCCUCCUGAGACUGCUGGGCCUUGUUGGGACCCUUUGUGGAAGGUCGCAGGUCGUGCACGGUGCGAGCAUCCUGCCGGUCUGAAGUCGCGCUGACGGGGUGCCUCGGGUCUGUGUCGUGCGUCAGGACAGCUCUGCACGCGGCUGCUGGUGGGCCCGCCCUGCC